GUAAUAAAUACAAAGCAAUGGAAUUGUACAAUCUUUUGAGAACAAGAUCAUCUUUAUCACUGGUUCUACUGGGUAUCUCUCGAAACGUAAGCACAUGCAAUAACUUUUAAUUAAUCAUGUAGUAUUCUUAUACUUUCCAUCACUGGGAGUACGUUUUAUUCUUUACUUUUCUAAUGACAUCCUUAUUCUUCAGCUUUGAUCCAAUUGUGUUUGUAGUGUUUGUGGAGAAGUUACUUAGGGUUCAGCCUAAUUUGAAGCAUCUCUUUCUUCUUUUAAGAGCCGUUGAUACAUUGUCCCCUACUCAGCGUCUGCACAAGGAUGUGAUAGGAAAGGAAGUAUUUAGAGUGUUAAGAAAAAAGCACGGUCUUGGGUUCAAUUCAUUUAUAUCUAAAAAGGUGACACCUAUUUUCGGAGAUGUCAGUUUAGAAAACAUGGGAAUGGAAGACUCUGAUUUAGAAAAGAAGUUGCAUAAAGAAAUUAACUUUGUUGUCCACUUUGCUGCAACUACAACUCUUCAAGAAAGGUACGAUGUGGCGUUGGCUGUGAACACACUGGGAGCUAAGCAUGUUUCAAAUUUCGCAGAGAAGUGUGAGAACCUGGAGAUGUUUCUCCAUGUAUCUACGGCUUUUGUAUGCAUUAGAGAGAUGCCUGGAGUUAAAUUGGAGACACCAAUAAGUCAAACAUUCAAGGAAACCUCAAAAUUUCUGGACAUAAUCGAAGAAGAGAAGAAGCUGGUGCAACAAAAAUUGAAUGAACUCAAAGCUGAACAAGUUUCAAAGAAACAAGAAACUACUGCAAUGAUAAAACUAGGGAUAGAAAGAGCUAAUACAUAUGGAUGGCCAAACACAUAUUUGUUUACAAAGGCACUGGGAGAAAUAACGAUUGGUCGACACUUAAAAAAAAAUCUUCCUGUUGUGAUUUUAAGGCCUACAGCUGUAACUGGUACUUAUAGAGAACCAUUUCCUGGAUGGAUAGAAGGCUUCAAAUCACUAGACCCCUUGGUGAUUAGUGUUGGGAGAGGGAAGUUACCUUGUUUUAUUGGGGACCAUGAGUCAUCCCUAGACAUCAUCCCAGGAGAUAUGGUGGUGAAUGCCAUAAUAGUGAUAAUGGUGAAUCAUGCAAAAACUAAUAAUCAUGGUAUCCGUCACGAUCACAACGAUAUUAUCUACCAUAUAGGUAAUUCUUCUACACAGUCAACAAGCGUGGUUAAGUUGCUGGACUACGCUUACGAUUAUUUCCGCGAGAAUCUGUGGAUGGGUGGAGAUACUAAUGAGAAUGUUAAGCCUGUUUUCUUCCGCACCAUGUGCAGAUUCCGUGAGCAUAUCCUUAGCAAUUAUGUGGUGCCUAUGGAGGAGCAAAAAGUUCAAUUUGCAAAGAGAUGGGCAAAAAUUUAUGAACCUUAUCUACUAUUUAAAGUAAUUUUUGAUACUUCAGCCACUGAUCAAUUGAGAAGGUGGAUGAAGGCGCACUACGGAACUGGAGAGGCAGAUGGAUUUGAUUUUGACGCGAAACACAUAAACUGGAAAGAUUACAUGAUAAAUAUUCAUAUUCCUGGUCUCAUGAAAUAUGCUGUUAAACCACAUCUGGUAUCUAAUAGCAAGUUAUAAUGUCAUUCGACAUCAAAUUUUAUUCGAAGAGUUUUUUAUGUGUUCAUUUCUGCAAUCCAAAGCUAUAUGCGAAGCUUGCAGGAAAUAAGUUCAUAAUUAAUGGGGAGAUUAUUUCCCAUUUUCCUUCA